AUGAUCGUUUGUGGCGACUUCAUCGAUGCACAGUUCGGUGUGAUGUUCGGCUUGACCACCAUGGCUUCGGCAGGCCUUGGGAACUGGCUGAGUGACACCAUCGGCCUGGGCUUGGGCGAUGUGAUCGAGCGCUCCGCGGCGAAGAUGGGCUUGAGCAAUGGGGGGUUGUCACCCGCGCAGGAGAGGAUGCAAAUUGCCAAGAUGACCACCUUAGGUGGCAAACUCAUUGGCAUCACUUUGGGCUGCUUCGCAGGCUUACGUGCAGGAACUUCUUCGAGAUCCAAGCAGCCAGAUGUCCUAGAUCUCCCGCGGAACGACAGUGGCAUCCCGAGUCUCCAAGGAUGCUUGCAGAGGCUCUCGAGCGAGUACUACAGCACCUACCCAGUGGCGCUCCUCGUGGAGCUCUACCGCUCCCGGCUCCGGGUGGAAGGCCAUGGCCCGUUCUGCCCAAGAGGAGGAUGCGAAUUGGCACGGGAGAGCUCACUUUGCAGGUGA